AUGGCUAAAAUCCAAUUGGCAUCGUUGUUAUUGUUGAUUCUUGGAACAUUUUCAUUGGCAUUAGAAUCAUCUAAACAUCAUUUUGAUUACAUUUUAUUGGCAACACAAUGGCCUGAAACUUUUUGUGAACAUAAUAAAUGUGUUCAUCAUAAAGAUCGUUGGCUAAUACAUGGUGCAUGGCCAGAAAAUAAUGAUGGUUCAUAUCCACAGUAUUGUGAUCGUAAUAGUAAAUUCAAUCAUAAUGCAAUCAAAUCAAUCGAAUCGGAAAUGGUGGCCAAUUGGAAAUCUUUAAAAUCUGGUAGUUCUAAUGAUCAUUUCUGGUCACAUGAAUAUACUAAACAUGGAACUUGUGCUAUCGAAUGUCCAUUGAUGCAAAAUGAAUUCAACUAUUUCAAAUCAACAUUAGAUUCAUUCAAACGAUUACACAUUGAACAAUGGUUAGCUGCUGGUGGUGUGGUUCCAUCGACAACGCAAAUAUAUCCAUUACAAGCUUUCCAUGAUGCCAUUGAAAAAGGUUUCGGUUAUAAAGUUCAAAUUCAAUGUACACGUAGUAAUCAUCAUGAUUAUCCAAUCAUUGCACAAAUUAAUUUCUGUUUAUCCAAACAAGACCUGUCACCAUUUAAUUGUCAUUCCAAAGAUGUUAGAUGUACCAGUUCAAACAUUGGCUAUCUACCAACACAAAAAUGAUCUUUUAUCAAAGAGAUCAAGUUAUUUGAUUUAUUAAAAUUUCCAAUUUGAAAAUUA